AAAUAAAAAUCAUAAAUGGAGCCGUUUUCAAUCGCUUUAUUAAUAUCUGGAUUGCUGACGGCAAUGUAUCAGAUGUCCGGAACACCUUUUAUUCUGAAUAUAAUCAUUUUCUGUUUCUGCUUAUUACUGUCAUUCUACGCCAUGUUCAUGAGUGGAUAUCUUAUUCCGUGUGAUGGAUUAUUUUAUUGGAUAUACUCGUGUAAUAAGAAUGAAUCGUCUGAUGAAGAAGAAAUUGAAUUAUUUGAACAUGAUGACCAAAUAACAAAGAAAUUGAGAGAGCUGACUGGACACAUCGUCAGAGAUUUCAUAUUAUCUUGGUAUAACAAGGUAACAGAUGAAGUUACUUUUGUUCAAGAAGCUUUUGAACUCUUCGAACAUUUACUCAGAGGAGCUAGAUCUCGAGUUGCAUCCACCGACAAGAAUAUAUUGUUGGCAAAUAUUCUUGAGGAGUUUCUAAAACAUUAUAUUAUAUAUAAAAAAGCUGCAAAAGACAUUGGUUCUCGAGCUUAUUCUAGAAAUGAUGAAGAUGAAGAAAAACAAAGAGAACUACUUACAGCUGUAUCAUAUAUUGGCAAAAACGGCCAUUCCGCAUUGGAAAAUUUACCAGAUUCUGAAAUGGAACAUUUAAGAGGAAUUAUUAUACUUAUAUUGAAAGGGCUUUUACCAGAAGAUUAUGAACUGACAGGAACUCCUUUGUAUCUUGUGAGAGAGCUUAUUGCUCAAAAUGUCCUCAACUCAUUGGUGAAUCUUCUUUCAGACCCAUUAUGGAUUUAUAACACUUUAGUGAAAAUCUUGGACGAGACUGAGAUCGACUCGCCAACAGAAAAUAGCGAAACUGCAAAUAGACAUUCAGAAAAUGAAGGCAACUCUAUAAAUGGCGUUGAAAACAAUUCAUCUAUCGGGAAUACUAUGAACAGUUCCGCUGUUCUUAUCGCGAAUUCCGAAAGUUUAUUCAAUGAUGGAUCAUUGUCACCCACAGUCACAGUCGUUAACAGUGAAAAUUGUCUCAGCACAUCACGAGCAUCAACCACUUCAAUGGCUUCUCAAUUAUCUGCUGAUUCUGAUGACUUGCAACCAGUAUCACCACGGCAAGAAGAUGUUCCAUUACCACUGAUGUCUUCAGAAAUGCACUUUGCACCAGAAUGGAAUAAUAUCGAUCGAGAUGCUGCUUCCCUAAAUAAGCAUAUUUUAUCUGUAGCCAAUGGCAGAACACCUCAAGAAAAACUUUUUUUCCGGAUUCGCAUUCCCGAAGCUGUUGAAAUGAAAGAAAACUUUGAUGGAGGAAGAAAAUAUACUUUGUAUAAAAUAACAUACAAAACAAGAGAAUUCCCACAAGCACAAACUGUUGCUAUUGAUAUUCCAUUGAACAAUGAGGAAUCUGCAAACAAUAAUAAUAUAGAAAGUAAUACCAGACCAAAGAAAAUAAGUCAUAUGAAGAAGCACCAGGUGCAAAGACGUUUUCGAGAGUUUCAUGUUCUUCAAGAAAGACUUUCCCAAAACAUGGUUGCCAGAAACUUGAUAGCAAAUAUUAAUGGACCAUCAAGAAUGUUUCCUGUGCCAUUUGGAAAUAUGGAUAAAGAAUAUAUUGAGAAACGAAGAAAAUUUUUACAAGCUUAUCUUAGAGAGAUUUGCUCCAUUCCAUUCAUCAGCCAUUGCGAGGAGAUACGUGAGUUCCUAGCUUUUGAAAUGGACCCUCGUAUUGCCUAUGUUCAAAAACCUGAACCAAUUCCAAGGUUUGAUAAAAUGCUUAAAACAGCACUGAAAGAUCUUCUCGGAAGUACUUCUAUGAAAUUUUCUGACACAUUGACAUCCACAGAUAAUGAAUCUGCUUUUAAGAUUGAGGGUCCAAGUAUCAGAGAGAAAAGGGAAUCAGAGUCGAACGGUUCUAUAUUUCCAAAUAAUGAGGUCGAGAAUGUGGGAGCAGUAACAAAACUGCGAAACAAGGUAUUCGGUUCAUCUAAGCAUUUCAAUAAUCAAGACGUUGUUGCCGAUUCCGCGAAGAGACAGUUUGCAAACUUUGAGAAUAGAAGAAAUGUCUUUCCUUUAAAAUGGAAACAUGAAAAUGAUAUCAAUUCGACCCCUCUAAUAUCGAUAGAAGGUUCUGAGCAAACUGUUGAAAUUAGAGGAACUGGAGAUGGUUGUGAUGCUGGCUCUAUUCCUAUAUCAGAAACUGAUUCAGAUAUUUCAUCUGCUCGUUUAGUUCUUCAAUUUCUCUUACAUACAUGGAAUGUUAAACCAGGAACUCAUGGAAUAAUAGCCGUGACACUGACAAAAUAUGUGUCUGCAUUCUUGGUGAAGGAGAUUAAUGAAUUAACAACGAAAGAUAGUUGGACUAAAUACCUAACGACACUUCAUAAUGCUCUUUGGCCAGAAGGUGAAUGGAAUUCAAAUGAUGACGAACGAAUAACUUGGAUGACUGCCUCUUCUGAAAUAAAAGCUGACGCUUUUCGCAGCGCAAAAAAAACUUUAGAAAAGGCCUUGCCAGAUGUAAUACGUUUCAUUGUUGAUGAAGAGACUUAUAGUAAUGGAGUCGAACAUUUAUUAUUGUCUUUACAAAAUCCUCUUAUUAACAGACAUCUACUCUAUAAAAUGUUAGAUUUGAUUAUUCAACAGUUAUUUUCUGACUUUGAUGAUGUUGUUCAUCGUAACAAUAUAUCUUUGAAUGUUGUAACAUCACCUGCCUCUUGAUUCAUACCAUUCCUCUUUUGUUAUUGGUUUUUUCAUUUUGUAUAUUUUCUGUGACUGAAUUGCUCUUUACUGUGAUUGCUUUUGUUUUAAUUGUAUCUUUCAUGUGUUUAAAAUAUGUUAUCUGCCGCAGCUUUGAAUAAACAUGAGUAUAGUAUAA